AUGUCUCUCUUCCCACGCUCUUACUACGCUUCCGAGCCCUCCUUCACCCCUCUCUUCCGUCUCCUUGACCAAUUUGACAAUCACUACACAGGCGGCUCUGGAUCUGGAAAGCAAUCUCUCAUGUCAUUCCAGCCCAAGUUUGACCUCAAGGAGAACGAAUCCAACUACGAACUCCACGGUGAACUUCCCGGUGUCGCCCAAAAGGAUAUCAACAUCGAAUUCACUGACGCCCAAACACUCACCGUUCACGGUCGUACUGAACGCCACUACGAGAGCGGUACACCACCAGCUGGCUUCAUCGAGGGAUCAGCAAGCACCAAGUCUAUCGAGAACGGCAAGCAUCAACCAACCUUCGAGGAUGUUCCUGAGGGCAAAUCCUCCAACAACGAGGUGACCAAGAAGACCGAGGAGCCAAAGAAGGAAAAGUCCAAGUACUGGGUCUCUGAAUGCAGCGUAGGAGAGUUCAGUCGAUCUUUCGGAUUCCCAGGCCAUGUUGAUCAGGAUGGUGUUAAGGCGAGCUUGAAGGAUGGAAUUCUCACUGUUAUUGUUCCCAAGGCCAAGAAGCCAACUGGUCGCAAGAUUGCCAUCGAGUAA